AUGGAUACCGAGACGGAGCCAAUACCGUCUAUCCUCCCCCAGCGUGAUCCAGCCGUCCAAGCUCUUCUUGGUAAAAUCGACAAGGCCCUCAACCAUUUUGCUCAAGGACCCACCGUCACCAUCUGUCAGCUUUUUGAUCGCCUCCAAGUUGCGUUCUGGAAGUCCGCUUGGGCUAUUCACGCAUCCAAGAUAGCUAGAUCCCUCCCAUCCGGCGAGAUAGAUGUAAGGAACUUCCCCGCCUGGCUCCGUGGACGCAUUCCCAACCCUCGUCUGCAAUCCACCCUUCAUCCUGUCUUCUCUCCCUGGCUUGAUGGGAUUAAAGGCAACACCAAUCACCUGCAGCACUUCCGUAAAGCAUGCAGCGAGGCAUCGUGUUCCUCUCUUGACCUGCUCCUCGAUUUCGGCCUCGAUAUAGCCAAGUCAAUGCACGCCCUACAGGCCAUUUCCAAAGUCACAAGCCCGCCAUCUUCCCUUGAACGGGAGAGCCUCGUCAAUGCCCUAUGGAAUGAGACACUGUCCCGUGCGGACCUCUCCCCGGAAACUCUCCCUACUCCCACAACCCGUGAGCUGACUAAAGCCAUCAAAAGUAAGUAA